GAUUGACAAAAGUUAAAAAGAGCAUCAAAUAUUAAGCAAAAGGCAGUAGAACUUGUUCCAGUCAAUGAUGGAAACACAGAAAAUUCUAUCAAACUGCAUAAAAUAUGUUCUCUGUGAUUUUCAGUUACUGGAAGAGGAUUAUCUCAUUUGUGCUGCAAAAGCCAAGCUGUUAAAAAUCUCAUUAGCCAUUCAGAAGCUCUUGGACAUGUAUGUAGUGAACACAUAGCAUCAGGACUUCUCAAAAAUAAAAUGACGAGAGAAAAUAUUGAACGAAGCGAAAAUUUCCGCCUUAAGACUUUCGGUAAUACACUAAAUGUUGUUGUUGGAAUACCAGAUACAAAAUCUAAAAGAAUAUCACUUAAAAAGUUAUCCUUUGAUGUUAUAGUGGAACUCUCAAACACUUUGAGCUUGUCUAAAAGAAAAACAAAGAUUCUUUGCACUAACUUACGUGAAAACCUAGGUAAAAACAUGGUUGAUACCAAUAUCACGCUUCAAAUGGAAGGAUUACAUGAUUCUUUGUCAGAGUUUUAUGAUGUUGUUAAAGAAACAUUUAUAUCAGGAGAUGAAAAGUUAACUCGUAGCCUAGUGUUUGUUAAAAAUAAAUCAGAUCUUAUUCUUCACACAAUGAACGAGAGAGGCUUAGAUCCUUAUUCCAGUAUAGCAAGAAUUUCAGUUGAUUCAGGACAGGGAUUUCUGAAAUGUGUUUUGAAUGUUUUUGAUCCUUUAGUCAAGCAUUCAAGCUCAAAAAAGCUUGAUGAUGCUGGUGUAAAACGAUCAAUAAUUUUGUCUUUAGUAAAGGAUGUUUCUGAACACAAUGGAAACCUUAAUUUACUUAUAGCUCCACUGCGUUUGGAAGAUGUUAAAUAUUCAGUUGCAUUUGAUCUUAAAUGCGGAAAUUCUUUAUUUGGUCUAAGUAGCCACAGUGGCAAAUUCGCAUGUCUUUGGUGUGAGGGUGAAUGCUUACUUGAAAGUGGUGUAAAAAGGACGUUUGGAUCCAUAGACAUCAACUACAAGAAGUUUGUUGCUGAUGGUUGCAGACAUAAGAAAAUGAAAGAGUUCAAAAACUGUGUUUCUCCAAGAAUUCUUUAUCUUGAUGAGCCUUCAGAAACAUUUGAACAUAGCAUCCCACCUCCAGAGCUUCACCUAUUUAUUGGGAUUAUUUCAAUGUUUGUGAAGAUUUUAAUUGCUCUGUGACCUGGAUUUGAGCAAUGGCUAAAAACUAAUUAUAUUAUGUUACGAGGCUACCAUGGGAUUGGGUUAGAUGGCAAUAAUGCACAAAGGUUUUUAGACAAUUUAGAUAAUCUGGAGAUUAACCUGAUGAGUGCAGCCUUAACAGAUCCAAAAAUAAGAUUGCUUCUUCCAGUUAUUUGUUGUAUCAGAAAAUUUUCUAUAGUAAAAAAUAACGGAUUUGGAAUGAAAGUAGGGGAGUUUUUGUCUGAAUCUGUUUUGGACUUCAAAGAUUCAUUUCAAAGACUUCAAGUUCAACUGAAAGAUAGUUUUGAAUACCAAUUAAAUGUUAGCUGGAAAGUUCAUAUACUUGUUUGCCAUCUUUAUCCGUUUCUUCAACAUAAUAAACAUGGUUUAGGUGUUUAUGCGGAACAAGCAGGGGAGAGAGCACACCACCACCACUACCAAGUAUGGAAGAGGUAUAAACGACGUUCAGAACAUAAUGACUAUGGAACACAGCUAAAAAAAGUGUUGUAGAAUUUGAAAAAAAUAAUUUAAAAUAAUACUU